AUGGAUUUUAGCCUCGGCACGCUUCUUGAGCUUGGGGAGAGACUGGUCCGCUCAGCUCGUCGCACUUUCAUCCACUUCGCAGCCCUUUUCAUUUCUGCCGGUAUCUGCAUUGUCGACAUGAGCACCACUUCCUUCAUCGUCUGCUUCCAGGUGGCUGAUAUGAUUGUGGACAUUGUGUUUGAUUUCGUAGAAACCGGCGUGCGAUUUCUCAUCCCCAGAUCAAGCCCGGAGAUCACUCCCUUUCUCAUUGCCGCGCUCACGUCCAUCCUGGUGUAUGGGACUGUGCACGAGGCACCGUAG